AUGUCACCGGUAACAGGAAUAUCCAUCUUCAACAGGAAACCAAAUGAUCCCCUUGUUACAGCACAACCUUUCACCUGCUUCCAUGGAAACAACAUCAGCAGCAAACAGACUCGCAGACGACUACUCACUGAUGGACAGCAAUUGAAACCGUUGUACAAUAAUAAAGAAAAUUAUUUACAAAACUUGCAACAAAACUCAAUGUUUAAAGACUUGUCAAAGUUGUUAGCAGAAGAAUGUCUUCAUAUGCAGGUACCAACAAACUUAAUGAAUGUCAAGUGGGAUUCUAAGAACAGUGCUGUUGGUCGAAGUUCAAAUAUUCAUUCUGCUCACCUAAAUCUUCAGAAGAGAUUCCUACAACUCAGAUCUCAACAGAACUGUCAAGUUGUGACAAAAGCUCGAGACAUUGAAUGUAGAUAUUCCAAAGAGGUAAGCACAAUGGAAGUUGCCAGAUAUAUAGAAGUCAGCUCCACACAAGAACACUCUCAUUUUAUUCAUGACAGAUUUGACCAUUGUCGAUUUCAGCUGAUAGAAGACACCAAACGUAAUCUUGAAGAACUUGUGUUACUAGAAACCACAACAAAACAACACAAACAAACUGCAAAAAGAACUAUCAACUCUAGUGCUUCAUAUGAAUCAGCAUCUACCAGUUUUUCAUCAAGUGAUUCGACUUUACCCAUUCAGGACAUAGACGUACUCAGCUUAGCUAUGGAAGCUGCCGAUGUUCUCCCUGAAAGUACAGACUUGUAUCAGCAGUUUGGUGCAACCACUUCAGUACAUAUUUCAAAUGUAUUGGAAUCAUUCGAUUUACCUCGACAGGAUUACAUGCAAUGCAAGCAGGUAUCACCACCAAAUACUGACCAGAGAACUAAUUCGCCAAGACGACUAUCACUAAAGCGCAAAUUUGAAGAAGAAAGUCGCCUUACAUCUGACCAACAACCGAAGAAACCGAACACUGAUAGAUGUUUGUCAAGGCCACGCCAGAUUAAACCAGAAGCUACACGGAUACUGACAGAAUGGUAUGAUGCUCACGUGACGUAUCCCUACCCAAACGAUAAAGAAGUAGAAGAACUAGCAAACAUUACAAACCUUUAUACCAAACAGGUGAAGAAAUGGAUGGCAAACAAAAGAGUUCGUUGCUUUAAUACUCUAUCCAUCACUGGAAACAAACACCCGAUUAAGAAUAAGCUAACCGGAAAGAAGAAAGACACGGAUAAUGGUAAUACGUACAGCCAACUUGACGGUAAAUCCAGAGAAACCUUGAAUGGUUGGUACCAGCAACACAUCACUAAUCCAUACCCAUCAGAGAAAGAAAAAGAAAUGCUAGCCAUUACAACAGGAAUAACAGUACCUCAGGUCAAGUCGUGGUUUGCCAACAAGAGGAGCAGAGCAAAUAAUAGAAAGCGUCAAGUACCAAACUAUUUCCUCGAAAAAUUCCCAGAAUAUGCACCACAUGUACAGCUGGUUCAAGAACAAAGAGACCAGUCAAGGAAAAGAUUUCGUCCUCAGUCCACUAAUUUCACAGAGUUUGCAAUGUUUAGUGAGCAGAACUAUUAUUUCUAA